CACUUUUUGCAAUUUAUUAUCGAGCAAUUGUCAAAUCAAAACAGUACAAGGGUAUUUCAAGGAUUCCUUUCCAUGAUAAAAUAGUGACCUAGUUAAUACCAAUCACAAGCGAGAUGGGUACCCAUGACAAUCGCAUGCCAUAUCUUCGAGUAUGUUUAUAAAGCCCACGAGUUUUGUCUGUGCUUCCCCAAACCUCAGUCAAUUUUCCGACGACGCUGUGUGUUUUAUCAGUGACAAGCGACAUCUUUCAUAACAUAUCAGGAUGGUUGAUUUAGUGAACAGGGAUCCGAACAACAUCAAUCCUCAUCUGCAGUGCCAGUUCGAGGAUGUUUUGGCGGAGCCCGAUGGCACCCACAGUAUCGACUGUGUCUGGACACUCUCAAGUAUCUGUUUCAACUGUUGGAAAGGGUGCUGCUACAAGAUCAUGACCCUGCUCUGUGGCUGUUGCAUUGCCGCCGAGUUUGGUUGCCGGUUCGCUCUGCUUUCGUUCAUUCAUAUCUGGUACUUCACUCCCAUGCUGAAGAUUUUCCAAAUCAACUGCGGUCUCUGCAAGAACAUAUACACCCAGUGCAUCAACUGCUACAUUGAGCCGUUGUGCAUCGCAAUUGGAUCCAUAUUCCAUCAUUUCAAGAAAUAGGACUGCAAGUCUUUUGACGGCGAACGCUUUUCACAGCAAACAAAAUUAUUUUUUUAAUAAGUACAUGUAAUACUUUUCCAUGUACAUUACCAAAAACAUUUAUUCUGGCUUAAGUCAUUUUUUCAUAGUUGUAUUGUAUUAAUCGCGACUAGUUUUCUAUAAGUCGUCACAGAACAUAUUCUUGCUCGACCUGUUGGCGAUAAUAAUGUAUUCAAUUAGUUUUUUUCCACAAUACAAUAAAGAACAUAUAUGCUUUUGGUUUA